AAUUAAUACGAAAAUUUGGAUAUAAAGAAGAAUCUCAUAUUGAGUUUGUGCAAGAUCGUGCAUUUAAUGAUAGAAGAUACGCGGUAGAUUAUCGUAAAUUAAAAGAAUUAGGAUGGAAACCUCGUAUGAAAUGGGAAGAAGGAUUAAAAAAAACAA